AUGUACGGUUUAUGCAGAGUGCGUCUCGCUGCCGCGGCGUUUGGCGACUUCUCCUCCGCGGCUUUCACAGGGGACGACGGCGGGGAACACGCAAGCCGCGCUUCUACGCGGGCCCAACACGUCGCCGACGCCACAGACACCGACUCCGCCUCUACGGCCCGCAGCCGGCCCACGAUAGACACGUAUCGCUCCAUGUCGGCGGCGGAGCUGGAGACGCUUCUGCGCACCCGCGAGCAACAGGUUCAGCAGCUGCGCGCCGUUUACGAGAACUUUCACUACGAGGUCGACAAGCGCUUCCGCACGAUGGUGUUUGACUACCACGAGAAGGCCAUGAAUCUGUCGCAGGUGCACGGAAAGAUGCAGCUUGGGUCCCUGCAGAUUAGCCGUGAGGCGCUUGUGAAGCUGCGGGAGCAGCAGGAGAUGUACAGCCGUGACCACCGCCUUCUCGUCACUGUAUGCACCGUGUUUACCUUUGCGUUCUGGGUGUGGGUGCGGCGGCACUACGUCCGCCGCGAGGACCUCUUUGGCGACGAGUCGCAGAUGCGCAUUCCCGGCAACCAACGCUCCGUGACGGGAGUGGGAAGCUACAACGAAAACGUGUUUGGCUCGGCCAAGCGCAGUGCGCGCAAUCUGGAGACGUCAUGGGAGCGCGAGGUGCGAGAGAGGCGUGAGAGGCAAGAACGCGAGGAAAAGCAAUAG